AUGCUUUCGGCGAGUCGAUUAAAUAUGUUGGGUCUCGUCGCGCUCGUUUCAACGAAUUCAGAUCUGUAUUUCAAGGUGCCUGUCGUCAAUUUGGCCAUCAAAUGGCUUCUCCUCAACCCGGUGCCCGAUGAAACCCUCCAUUCCGUCCUGUCGAGUAUUAAUAUCCAUUGUAUCACAUUUCCGAAACUCGCUCGAGUCCGUAUCGCCAUUUAUUUAUAUCUGAAAACUCCUGAACUCUAUAUGUAUUUUGAUAUCAAUUUCGCGGCCCCUGGAGUCGUUUUCAUUCGGAGAAAAUCGGGAAUUCCGAAUGAUUCGGAGGAAUAUAAUGAUCAGGAGAAAAUGUGGAUUUAUAAAGCGAUUAAUUCGAUUACCGAUGGAUAUGUGAAUCCGAGUUAUCCACAGGGGACGAGACGAAACGAUCCGGACGGUGUGAAGCCGAAAUCUGGGAAAUUAAAAUACACGGAACAAUUUGCUGACGUGGCGAAAGAGUUGGAAAAUCCGAUUUUCAAGUGGGAUUUUGAGAAUAAAGGGACCGCGUAUGUCCACAAAGAGCCGGUGGUUCAGGAUCCGUUAACUGCUCCGCAUCCGAUGGAAUUUGCUCCACCACGACGUGGAUUCGUGGAGUACUACAGUCCCAAAAAAGAAGAAAAGAAAGUAGAAGAGAAACGAAUCGAGAAAUCACCGCCGAAAUCACCACAACAACAGCCUCUUGUACCCCCGGUGGUCCAAAAUGAGUCAGUUCGAAAGCCAGUCUCCAAUCCAACGAAACCAAUCGAUAAUAAACAGACACCUGUGAGAAGACUUGGACCGAGAUAUGGAGAUAAAAUAAUACCGCUGACCAUACGUCCAGGUGGCAGUCCUCCGAAAAUUGAGAGGAAGGAAACGAGAAUUUCCACGAAAAUUGAGAUCAAAGAACUGAAAAUUUCCACAAAAAUUGAGAGCAAGGAAGCCAAAAUUUCCACCAAAAUUGAGAGCAAGAAACCUGAAAUUCCCAUAAAAAUUGAAUUCAAUGAACCCAAAAUUCCCACAAAUAUGAAAAUCAAGGAGCCGGAAAUUCCUCAGAAACCUAUGAAACAUCAGAGCGUUGACCGUAAGAAGCAGAUUCCGCCAUCUCCACAAGAACCAAGAAUCAGUAUGGAGGCAUUGAAUCAACGUAGAGAUAAAUUGAUCGAGAAAAAAAUCGGCCAAAAAUCGGGACCGAAAUUCUACUUCGACUCAGUUCGUAACGUCCUCGACAUGAUUUGA